CCCAGCCCCCCGCAGGCCAGCACCCGGUCCUGCUGUGCUGCCUGGUCCAAGUCCAACCUCUGCGCCAGGGGCGAGGGGCGAACCAACCCGUACCGGGGAAAAAGUCCCCAAAAAUAAAGAAAACCCCCCAAAACGCCUGCGUUUUCAGCGCAAAAUCUCUGUGGUUUCCGUUGCCAUUCUUCACCCCCUCUCCAUCCCAAGUCCGCAGAAGCAGAACGCGCGAUGCCCGACGCGAUACCGGCCUGCUUCCGCGCCGCCGCGGCGCCCGGCGGCCGGGCGUCGGCCUCGUCGGGGUCCGGCUCCGGGGCGGGGACCAGCCUGGCCACCUCCGUCUACGACACGCGCCUCGGCCUGGCGGCGCUGUCCUGGUCGCGCGCCGCGCUGGGGCUCAGCCUCCGCGCCGUGCUCCGCGUCUCCUCCGCGGCGCCGUCUCCCUCGGCGGCGUCCGACUACGGCGACGGAGACGGAGACGGCGAGGUCGUCGAGUACGAGGGCGAGUGCGACGGCGACGGCGACGAGGAGACGGUGGUGGCCGUGCGCGUGCGGCCGUGGCUGCUGUGGCGGCGGCGCGGGUCCAAGCGGUUCCGCGUGCGGGGCGGCCGCCGCGUGGUGGACGUGGCCUGGGACCUCUCCCGCGCGCGCUUCCCGCCCUCGGGGGGAUCCCCGGAGCCUUCCUCGGGGUACUUCGUCGCCGUCGUGGUGGACGGCGAGAUGGCGGUCGUCGCGGGGGACAUGGCGGAGGAGGCAUACAGGAAGACCAAGGCGCGGCGCCCGCCUGGCCCGCCACCCGCCCUCGUCUCGCGCCGCGAGCACGUGUCCAUGCGCGACGGCGGCCGUGGGCACAGGACCUGCGUCGUCGUGCGCGGCAAGGAGCGGGAGAUCUCGGUGGAUCUCGUCUCGCGCGCCGCCGCCCAGGGGCAGCAGGGGCGGGAGAAGGACCGGGAGCGGGACAGGGCCGAGGUCGGCAUGUCCGUCUCCGUCGACGGCGAUCGCGUGCUCCACGUCCGCCGCCUGCGCUGGAAGUUCCGCGGCACCGAGAAGGUGGACCUCGGCGGCGGCGACCGCGUCCUCGUGUCCUGGGACCUUCAUAACUGGCUCUUCCCCGCGCGCGACGCCUCGCCACCCGACGCCGCCGUCGCCGCUGCGGCACUCACCGCGGCCGUGGCUCCACCAGCGCACGCCGUCUUCGUCUUCCGCUUCGAGCUCGCCGGCUGCGACGACGGCGAGGAGCGUGACCCAGCCGACGACGCCAAGGAGAAGGAGCUGCUCGACAAGGCCGGGGGAGUCGGAGUCGGAGGCGGAGGCGGCUGGGCAGGCUACGUUGGUAGGUGGGGAAGAGGUGGGGACUGGAGCGAGAGCAGCAGCAAUGGCGAGAAGCGGAGGAGGAAGAGGGGGCAGGCCAGCAGGCUGGCCAAGGCGAGCUCCUCCUCGUCGGCGUCAGUGGCGUCGUCCUCCGCGUCGUGGGCGAGUGGCUCCACUGUCAUGGACUGGGGCAGCCCCGAGGAGGCCGAGCUGCAGAGCGGCGACGGCUUCUCCCUCCUCGUCUACGCCUGGAAGAACUAGUGUGUGUGAUGGACUAGCGGCGGCGGCGGCGGCGGCGGCGGAAGCGGCUUGCGGCCGGCAUUGUUUCGAUUGAUGAUUGGUUGGCAAUUCAGGGAGGAUUUCUCUUCCCAUCCCAUUGUUGUAAGUUGCAAUUGUUCAGCGAGCAAUGUUCUUGUGCAGUUUUGAGCGCUCCACUGACCAAGCCAUUUUUUACCCAUCCUUGUUCCUUCCAUCGACAACAAUCUGGUCUGAGAAAUGAACAUGAACAUCCAUACAAUUCAGAGUCCAUUAUCAAAUCAAA